GUACAGCACAAUAUAUAAACAGUACUACAUGGUGAGUACCCUUCAUUUGAAAGAUUCAUCUACGGGGUUAAAUGAUCGAACCACCUUGUACAGGAUCAGACGGGUUUCUGACAACAAGAACAGCAGGUAAAACAAAAUGUUUCAUUUGAAUGGUAGUUACAGUACACACAGGCGUUUUAACCACAAGACUGAAGUGAGAACUGCGUAAAUAUAGAUCCACUUGACCCAUCUUAAUUUUUUUUCAGAUCAUUUACUCUACACCAACAGAAUGAUGUUUCUAAGACGAAAACGUUUUCUGCUACUCUUUGGGUCUCUGGCAAGCUUUCUUUUGGUUUGUUAUUUUGUUAACGAGAGAGAAACUGCAGUGUCGAGAAGACGUGUUAUGGAAAGGCCAUUGGAAACCAUUCAAUCCAAAGAAAAGGAAGAAACUCCUUUCCUUUAUCCACCAGAGAAUCUUUUCAAAUUGUACGAUGGAGUGGAGACAUUUGUAAUGUUCAUUGGAUAUCCUCGUAGUAGUCACAGUUUAGUGGGCGCCAUAUUGGAUGCACAUCCAGAAAUUGUUAUCACACAUGAGUACAAUUUGCUACAACGAUGGAAACAAUACAGGUCACCAGAACUUAAAAAGCAAAAUUUGCAAAAGUAUGCUUUAUUUUACCAUCUACACCAGCGUUCCAUAAACCAGGCGAGGCUUGGAAUACGAGCCCCUCCGGGAAAAUCUUGGGUGCGCGGAGAGUUUGACUACACCUACAAUGUGCAGGGCUUAUGGCAGGGAAAAUAUGACAAGAGAAUUAAGGUUAUCGGAGACAAAAAAGGAGGUGUUACGUCUCAACUUCUAGUUGACCCGAGCAGAAUGAGUAUUUUAGAAGAAAUCAAUCAAGUUGUUGAAGUACCAAUGAAAUUCGUACACAUCACCAGGAACCCCUUUGACAACAUAGCAACCAUGAUGCUUCGCAGAUUACGUGUGCGUGACGAUGUGAGAGAAGCAGGAGUGAAAGUGAGUUUUAUGAACUACUUAAUAGGCAUGCUGUGAUUGGUUCACGUGACUUUUGUAACAGUUGAUCACAUGGCACAAGUUCCGCUUUAGGAUGUCAUUAAAAAUUCCUUUCAGACGAGCUAAAAGUUUAGCCAACAUUUUUCAAGUUCGUCGUUU